AAGUGUCACCGGGGUGCGCAGGCCAGAUGCUUCUGCUCCUGGCCUGCCUGUUCGUCACCGGUACUGCAGGAUACACGCGGUUAGGCCAUGGAUCGGAUCUCUCACCGGACCAGGCCAUUCACGGGUGUCCCCGGAACAGUCCAUCGCUGAAUCGGUGCAUCGAAAAGUCGAUCCAGUACUACAUCAGCUACCUGUACACCGGCGACCUGUCGGAGCUCAGUGGACCCGGCUCCCGAACGAUGGUGCCGGCCCUGGAUCCGUUUGCCCUGCCGGAUGCGACGCUCGUCCAAAACGAGGAUAUCCGGACGUCGUUCACUAAGCGCCACACGACCGGCUUCCGGAACAUGUACAUCACCGACGUGAGAACCGACAUCACGCGGCUCGAGUUUCACUUUCAGUUCCACAUUUCGGCCAUCGACACCCGCGGCUCGUACCAUGCGCGUCUCACGCACCAUCCGGAGAUCGCCGAGUGGUCCCAGAUGACGUACUCGAUUCGAAACUCAUCCUUCCGGAUGCAGCUCAAAGGCAGCAACGUGGAGGACGACGAGCGGGUGUACCUGCGGGUGAACGUGACGCAGUGGGAGCACCACAUCGGUGACCACACGGUCGGCUUCCGGUGGUUCACGAUGAGCGGCAACUACAGUCAGCACAGCGACCGGUUCGAGCAGGUGCGCGGCCGCGACAUCCUGCCGGUGGUAGAGCGCGAGCUGAUGGGCAGCCUGCAGGAUCGGUUUCAGCAUCUGCUCAACGAGAUCCUGCGGCUGGCGCCGUUCGAGCGAUUCUUUCCCACGCAGUACUAGGAAGGCCGUAGGGGCUGAUAAGCGUUGUUUGUUGUUUGUACAUAGGGUGAGACAGGGAGACUGCGGAGGUCGAGGGCUGUGGAACUUGUUUUAUAAUAAACGAAGACGAUGAA